GGUCGCGAACAGCCAUUUAGUGUGGUUAAUCGAGGUCCCCCAAAGGAUACGAAAAUAAAAAAGAGAACCUUGCAGCUGCCAUGAUCACAGCAACGAGUGUAAGUACGAUGAGGAAGUGAACCGCAAGGGACUCUCCCUGGACACUAACGGACACUAUGAUGGAGGUGGCGUUUGCCAGAAUUGUCAGCACAACACCGUAGGAAUCAACUGCAACAAGUGCAAGCCGAAAGGAAAGCACUGGAAUGAGACUGAUGUUUGCAGUCCCUGCCAAUUUGACUUCUUUUACUCCACCGGACACUGCAAGGAGGAAACUGGAAACUGUGAGUGCCGUGCCGCAUUCCAGCCCCCGAGCUGUGAACGGAACCAAUGGAUACCAUUGCGAGGCGGAGAGCGGACAGCAGUGUCCUUGCAAGAUCAACUUCGCAGGGGUCUACUGUAAGCAGUGCAAGUGCAACAAGAUUGGCUCGAUCUCCAACGAAUGCAACGUGACCACUGGAGAGUGCAAGUGCCUUACGAACUUCGGUGGCGACAACUGCGAGCGAUGCAAGCACGGAUACUUCAACUACCCCACCUGUUCAUACUGCGACUGCGUUAACCAGGGCUGCUCUUCUCCGUGCACGGCAAGAGCUCCUAUGCCAUCCUCGAGCUGGUGGAUAACACCCUGUACUAGACCGAUCUAAAGAACACCCUGCGCAACAACGAGAGCUUCUGCGAUGGAAAGACUCUUAACGUCCAGGUCAUAAAGUCGAAGUUUGUGAUCAACAUAGCCGUGGGCUUCAUAAGUUCCAGACUGGCGUGGGCCUCGAAGGAUCCGUCAACUCCAAGACGAACGGUCCGUUGUUCUUAGGCGGUCAGGUGAACAUCCAAAUGGCGCCGGGCAUCAUCACCAAAAAGUCCUUUAAGGGAUACAUCAGCAAAGUGGAGGUCAACCAAAGAAUAAUCAAUAUUACGCCUAAAAUGGUCUUUGGUGAUAUAUGGCGUGGUUACUACUUAACUACUACUAAAGAACCAAUUUAAUUCAAACAAGACUACGAACAACUGGUUAGAAAGUUGCGGAAUAUUAAAAAGUAAAGGCUAACUUGAGCGAAUAUUGUCGGCAGGCCAUGAAUAAGUCUGAGAUCUAAAAAAAAAGAAUUGUUGGCAAGCCUUUUAUUUGUUAGUAUUACAAGCUGUGUUACAAUCUCUUCA